UCCGCACGUGGGUUGAACCAGAGAGGGGGAGAAGUGAAGUUUACCCUUACCUAGAACCCUCACGCAUCUUCGCAAUUUUUAUAAAAUUCGCACAUGCAGCGAAAAUGAACGUUCUGACAAAAACCUUUUGGGGCUUUCCAUCAAUGUCGAAACAUUGAAAUAGUUUUCUUCUCCGAUCACUGAAGAAGAAAUCGAAAUUUAGAGAGAGAUGGAGAAGUCUGUGGUGACCUUUGACAAAGGCACGACCUUUUCUUCAUGGAACUACUGUGACGAGAGAUUGGCUACUGGUUCCAUCGAUGGAACUUUGGUCAUUUUCGACUCAGUCGACCCGCCUUCUUCGUCAUUCACGUGCACUUCUACAUCCAGGGUUCAUGAAGUGAGCAUUGUGAAAGUUGUUUGGGUUCCUCCAGAAUAUGGUGGGGGAGUUGCAUGCAUUUGUGCAGAUGGAACUUUGUCAUUGUGGGAGGAGGUUGCUGAAGAUACAAAACCACUUCAAUUGGAGCUUUGCAAAGGCUUUUGA